CCUCUUUCCCCCCCUCUCUCUCCUCAUUCUUAUUAUUAUUAGGUUUUUCGAUUUUUCAUUAUUUUCUUCACAGAUCCAUAAUUUUGUGGCUCAGUUGGCUAGCUACUGCGAGAAAUAAGAUAUAGUCUCUUGAACCAAAUUGUGGCAAUCUUGCAUGUGCUAAACGCAUAGUUUUCUUGCAACCGAUUCCAGUUUUUCAUAUAAAUGUAACUGGAAAUUUAAGUUACCAGGGGCUUUUGUUGAUCCAUGCUGGCAGAGAGCAUGCGUGGAAUCUAUUUUUUGGGUAAUGCCCCUGACAAGCGUAGUUGCUGAUGCACUUGGUGUGGUUACGAUCUCUCUUGUAGCUGUUUUGGGACUUAUCGGGAUUCUCUGCAUCUUGUACUCUUUUUAUUUCCGAGAUCACAUUCGUAGUCAAAAUCGAACUCAAUUUGGAUAUUUCAGUGGUCCGUGGGUUGUUCGGACUGUCUUCAUCAUUUUUGCGAUCUUGUGGGGUAUUGGGGAGAUCAUACGUCUAGAAUUCUUGAGACGCGACGGCCGGGUAUUACAUAUUCUUGACUCAGGAUGGCAGGAAACUGUAUGCAAAUGCUACAUCGUGUCAAACCUAGGAUUUUCAGAACCGUGUCUAUUCCUUACCCUCAUUUUUCUUCUUCGUGCUUCAUUACAGAAAACAGAGUCGGGACCCCUGAGCCAGAAAUGGAACUUCAAAACAAUAUUUUACAUUCUUCUAUGUAUCUUACCUCUUUUCGCCCUUCAAAUGACCGUUGCUUUAGUUGGACCAAAAUUCGAGACGGAUCUACACUUGAACAAAAAAGGGUACUUUUUCAAGUUUACAACUGCUUACCCGAAUGAUGUUUCUCGUUGCUACUACCCUUUAUUAAGUACUAUAUUUCUUGGUCUUUUUGCCACCGUGCUAACAAUUUAUUUGUUCUGGCUUGGGAGGCAAAUACUAAAUUUGGUGAUUAAUAAGGGUUUGCAGAAGAGAGUGUACACAUUGAUAUUUUUUGUUUCUAGUUUCUUUCCUUUACGGGUUCUGUUACUCGGUUUAUCUGUUCUAUCCAAGCCAGGAGAUGCUAUGUUUGAAGUUCUUGCAUUCUUGGCUUUUCUUUCUCUUUUAUGUUGUGUCGGGGUUGGGAUUUGUAUACUUGUUUACUUCCCGAUUGCAGACUCUCUAGCCUUGAAGAAUUUGCAAGAUAUGGAGGCUACAAGGAGGAUUAUUGGGGAAUACAAUGACACUUUGUCACUAAUCACUAACCAUAGCCCGUUUGAUGAUUAUAUGGCAAGCAGUGGGAGAAACUCGAUUAAUUCAACAAAACGGGGAUCAAUUUCCUUCCGGACAAUGGAAAGAGAUGAGCAAAACAGGGAUCAACCUUUGUUUGUGGAGUUGAGUCUUUUUUCUUCCAGUCAACACCCAAGCCCAGUAGGUUCACCUCAACUACAUGGCUGGCCCAUGCUACCUCUGAGGUCAAGCCCAUGAACCAUGAAGAGUAAAUCAACAUAUGCAAACCAAACUCAUUUUUGUGGUAAACUAUAGUUUGUAAAGGUCGUAGAUCUAAUAAGGAUUGCUAUUUUUGGUACUGUAUGUUUUUUUUUUGUUGCCACCUGCCUUGUUUUUUUUGGUGGAACUGAUCUGUAUCUCAUCAUAUUUUACUUUUAUAACCUGUACAAUUUCGUCAA